AUGACCAUCCGUGACCCAUAUCGGCAGGAUCGGCACAAGAACACGCGAAGAAUUGAAGAUGCUGGUCUGCGGAAACUUAACCUUGGCAUAGCUUUUAUGCUAGCUGCUUCAGCUACUUCGGGUUACAAUGCCAGUCAGAUUAACAGUCUUCUUGUUCUUCCAGAGUUCAACAAGUUCUUGAGUGGACUCGACACAAACAUCAAAGGUCUCAUGAUUGCUGCCGUCUCUCUUGGAUCCUUCCUAGCAUUUAUUCCCGCUUCAUAUGUCGCCGACAACUUUGGCCGUCGCCUUUCCGUUGCCAUCGGUGCCACACUAGUCAUAACCGCAUCCAUCAUUCAAGUAGCUGUCCAGCAGCACUGGGUGUUUUUUGGUGCACGAGUGGUCACUGGAAUCGGUGUGGGAUUCUCACAAACUGCUGCGCCACUGCUUAUUGCAGAGACCGCUCAUCCACGGCAGCGAAGGACUUUGACUGGUCUUUACAAUGCGGUAUGGUUCUGUGGGUCCAUCACAGCUGCUGGUAUUGCCUUCUCCACACUGUCGAUCCAUAACAGUUGGUCAUGGCGGGUCCCCUGCAUGUUGCAGGUCUUUUAUCCUCUCUUCCAACUAGCUGGACUCUUUCUUAUUCCCGAAAGUCCGAGGUGGUUGGUUGCAAAUGAUCGCAAAGGGGAGGCACUUGCCAUGCUCAUUCGAUUCCAUGCAAAUGGUGACCCAGCCGAUAAGCUGGUCCGCGAUGAGUAUGACCAGAUCUGCAAUAGUAUUAUUGCAGAGGCAGACAUGGGAUCUGCUAGUCGGUGGUCUGCUUUCUUCAAGUCUAAAGGUGACCUUCAUCGGUUUACAAUUUGUGUUUUGCUGGGCUUCAUGCAAGAGUGGACUGGAAACGGUGUCACUUCCUACUAUCUCGCUCCCAUUCUCUCUUCCGUUGGCAUCAAGGAUUCUGUUCACCAAGCAGCGGUAAAUAUCAGUCUCCAAGUAUGGAACCUGGUAUUUGCCGUUGCUGGCGCAAGCACAUCCGACAAAUACGGAAGAAGAACCCUUUGGAUGUGCGCAACAACUCUGAUGUUGAUCUUCCUAUCAACGUCUGAAAUCAUGGCAGGGCUCUUCGCGGAAAUGGGAAUCCUUGCAGCUGGAAUAGCAGUGGUCCCAAUGCUGUUCCUUUUCUGUGGAGCCUAUGAUUUUGCAUACAUGCCCCUUUUCAUCGCCUAUCCUGCCGAAAUCCUUCCCUUUCAACUUCGCGCCAAGGGUCUUGCUAUCACGCUUACGACCGACUCUCUAGCUUGUUUCUUCAAUCAAUAUGUCAACCCAGUCGCAUUCGAUGCAAUUCACUGGCGCUACUUUUCCAUUUACGUCGGCUGUCUGGUCGUCGUGCUCGGACUUGUCUACUUCUUCUUCCCUGAGACUCAGGGCAAGUCUCUUGAAGAAGUGUCUCGGAUCUUUGAGAAGAAAGACACCAAGGAGGAGACGAGUCCCACGGAUUCAGAGGGCUCACAGGAAUUCUACGUGAUGAAGUCUGAGCUGUAG